AUGAAUAAACAACUGAAUGUAUGGGAAACAGAGGCUUGUAUCAAUAAACAACUGAAUGUACGGGAAACAGAGGCUUGCAUCAAUAAACAACUGAAUGUAUGGGAAACAGAGGCUUGUAUCAAUAAACAACAAAAUGUAUGGGAAACAGAGGCUUGUAUCAAUAAACAACAAAAUGUAUGGGAAACAGAGGCUUGUAUCGAUAAACAACUCAAUCUAUGGGAAACAGAGGCUUGUAUCAAUAAACAAUUUAAUGUAUGUGAAACAGAGGCUUGUAUAAAUAAACAACUGAUUGUGUGCGAAACAGAGGCUUGUAUCAAUAAACAACUGAAUGUAUGGGAAACAGAGGCUUGUAUCAAUAAACAAUUUAAUGUAUGGGAAACAGAGGUUUGUAUAAAUAAACAACUGAAUGUAUGGGAAACAGAGGCUUGUAUCAAUAAACAAUUUAAUGUAUGGGAAACAGAGGCUUGUAUCAAUAAACAAUUUAAUGUAUGUGAAACAGAGGCUUGUAUCAAUAAACAACUCAACGUACGGGAAACAGAGGCUUACAUCAAUAAACAACUGAAUGUAUGGGAAACAGAGGCUUGUAUCAAUAAACAACUCAAUGUACGGGAAACAGAGGCUUGCAUGAAUAAACAACUGAAUGUAUGGGAAACAGAGGUUUGUAUCAAUAAACAACUAAAUGUAUGGGAAACAGAGGCUUGUAUCAAUAAACAACUCAAUGUACGGGAAACAGAGGCUUGCAUGAAUAAACAACUGAAUGUAUGGGAAACAGAGGUUUGUAUCAAUAAACAACUGAAUGUAUGGGAAACAGAGGCUUGUAUCAAUAAACAACUGAAUGUAUGGGAAACAGAGGCUUGUAUCAAUAAACAACUCAAUGUAUGGGAAACAGAGGUUUGUAUCAAUAAACAACUGAAGGUAUUGGAAACAGAGGUUUGUAUCAAUAAACAACUGAAUGUAUGGGAAACAGAGGCUUGUAUCAAUAAACAACUCAAUGUACGGGAAACAGAAUCUUGUAUCAAUAAACAACUCAAUGUAUGGGAAACAGGGGUUUUAUCAAUAAACAACUGA